AUGGUCGGCAUUUUCAAUCCAACCGCGGUCUUCUUACAACAUGUGAAAGCCACGGUAGAAGUCAUGAUGAAGGAGCAAAUGGCCGGUUUUGUCAAUCGGAUGAGAGAAGAACCGGAAAAGUUGGUCGAAUCCUAUGAAAAAGAACAUCCCAUCCAGCUCCGACAAACGAUUCUCCCACCUCCAGGCCCAGCUCCAGCGCCGGCCGCACCAACAUUCACCGUGCUUGAUAAGAACAGGUCAUUGUGGCUAAUUAGGGCCGCGUUGGACCAGGUGCUCCAGGUUUUUCAAAUCACAUACCAUUCGAGGAUCUUCAGAAACAACGCCGAUAUUUUUCCGCUUUUCGACUAUCGCAAAGCUUAUCACCAGCACAAUCCGAGUGUAUAUUGUUGCCAAUCGAAAGGCUUAACAACAACCCUUGACCUCCAUGACGAGGACAUCCUUGUUAUCAUACCUCUUUAUCAGACAGGGAGUGCCAGCAUGAGCGCAAUACCCCCCGGUGGUGGAGAGCUGAUUACAAUCGAAUGGUCGAUGGGCAAGCUCUUCCUGGUAGUAGGAGCCAAAGCGAAUCUACUCGUGUCCGGAUUGGGUCAAUUGGUCUUCAUUAUCCUACGUUGGAGCCAAGUCACUUCUAUACAGCAGCGAUGA